GGAAGCCAGAGAAGCGCUCUGCUGCCUGCUUGCGUCUCACUGCGCGUUAAAGAGAGCCAGACUGACUGAGAGAGGAGGUUCUGCUCCAGCCUGUUGCUGUUGUUGUGAAGUCCAGCCGUCCAGCCAUGGAGAGGAGACGGACAUCAGUUCGGGGGACAAAGUCCUUCUUUUGGAUCCUGUGUGUUGUGUUGGCUGGAGCUGGAGCCAAGGCGGAUAGCAGCCACCCGGACUCCCCGCUGAGCGUCGCCGCCGCCCACCUGCACUACUCCUGUCCGGAGGGGGCGACUGCCAGGCUGGUGUGCAACCAGAAAAACGCCGGGGCGUACGCCAAGGACCACAUACGGGAGCGAUGGCUCUUCACGCCCCACACGGACCAGCACUGCAAAGUGGGCCAAGGCCCGCGCCAUCUCUUCCGCAACCAGAAGGAGCUGCCGCAGGGGCUGAAGAUGGAGUACACGGCCGACAGCAUGUCGGUGAUCCUGCAGGACGUGACCUACGCCGACCAGGGCCGCUACUGCUGCAUGGCCCUGGAGGUCAGCGCCGAUCAGAGCCAUCCGAAGGUGCUGCAGAACAGCCACAGCCACAUCAUCCUCCACGUCACGCCAAGGAGAGACGGGCCAGUAAACUGCACUUUCUGGGACACCACGCCUCCUGCAGCAGCCUCGGUGCCCGUGGCCUUGGCUUUGGCAGCCUGCAUCCUGGCUCUGCUCUCGCUGCCUCUUAUCCUGGUGCUGGUCUACAAGCAGCGGCAGAACUCCCAGUCACACAGGCGUGGACAGGAGCUGGUGAGGAUGGACAGUGAGGCCCAGUGCCAUGAGAACCCGGUCUUUCUGGGGGGGUCCCCGCAGACAAAGACCCGCACCGUGUCCCAGAUCCUGACCAGGCAGGCCUCGGAGACCGGCCGCCACUUGCUGUCCGACCCGGGAACGCCCCUCUCUCCCCCCACGCACGGCGACGUGUUCUUCCCGUCUGAAGACACCCUCCAGGAGUGUCCAGACCUGGUGCAGAUCUAAAGCUGAUUCUUCACCCACACCGUUGACCCAGAAAGACUCCCGCGGCUCUCCUGUUCUCCCCUUCAUUUUAAAACCAAUGCUAUCCCUAUGAUCUGUCUCAUAGUAGAUACACAAACACAAAUUAUUCCUGUCUGGAUCUGUCAUCUGUACAUUGUCUGGACCGCAGGAGGGAGGAAGGCAGCGUUUCUGAUCCACAUACCCCCGUCCACCUACAACAACAGCUGCAGGCCAAACGUGAAGUUAAGUCAAAGUUUGAUCUCCAAACUCUGACAACAGCUCACAGCCCCUCAGAUACCCGGCUUUGACGGACGCUAUAAUAAAUGUGACGGUCUUGGUCUGCGAGGAGUGAUGUACGAAGCUUUUUCCCUGCCUGCAGCUGGUAGCGGGAUCGGGAAACGACUCCGAUCUCUGCAGGGUCUGAAACGGCUGCCGAUCUUUGUUCUCUCUUUCUCUCAAUGUGAACUUUGUGUGGCCAAAUUUAGAGCGUCUGAUUGGAAAUACGUCUCUUUUGCUGGUCAUUAGGGAAGUGUCAGACGAGCGGUUUCACGAAGUGACCUGGCGUUGUGCACAGCAAUCAGACCGACAGACUCUUAAACCUCCAUUUCAAAAACCAAAAACCUUCAAGCCGGGACUCAAACGCCUUCCGUCUAGCUUUCCGUUUUUCUGAAAGGACCAAAGAGACGAGUGGACCAGAGCAAGAAAUGGACAGGGGUGCAAUCGCAAGGGACACAUUAACGGGUGUUUUCUCAAAGGAUCAAAGAGGAAACAGUGGUUCAAGUCAAACCAUCAUAUACCUCCGAGUCACCGUGCGAGGUGAUGAUGGCGCUGAAAGCUGGACUUCUGAAAGGCUUUGCUGGCUUCACAAACACUUCCAGCCAAGACUUCUGACUGCCUGGUUUUUAUCAGGCUGGUAAGGGUAGUAGAAGUCAUCCUGCCGUUCUGUGGCUCUACGCCACCAAGCACAGCAGCAACACUCGACGUCUCAAACGGGUUUGGGCCUGAUGGCUUCAGGGCGUAAUGUAGCAACAGCCUAUUGUGUAACAAAAAAACAAGGACUUAGAUGCUUUGCAGUCAUGUUUGUGUUUUCUUAAAGGACCACCAGGCUUUGCAGUGACGGUGAUGGUGGACUUAUGUAAGGGUUUACUGCCUAUGUGCCUUAAUGUGACGGUUGUAGGUAGACGACGGACGGACGGUGGUCUUUGACCUGGCUCAAAAACGACGGCCUUAUUAUUUUCUAUUGAACAACCCAGAUUAGCAGUGUCCGUCAGGUGGUUGACACCUCAAGGUGUGCUGACCCGAUAAAGGGACCGCAGGCACCACCUGAUGUCGGUUCCCUUUGGUCUGGGCAAAUUGUCUGACAUUCAUCAUGCGUAGGACUCUCUAGCUUGGAUUUCAACCCGGUAUCUUGUGGUCUUGCAGUGCCUGCUCCCAUCUGUGGCAGACCUGACCAGCUGGAUUGGAGAUUUAGGAACGCAUUGGAGCAGUUUAAUGAGAAACUUGUUUAUCGUAGAAAUGUUUGGUGAAAGAUGUUUUAGAUACGAAAAGACAACAUAUUUUCCUAGAAGUGGCAUUAUGUUCCCUUUUUGCUUCUGUUUUUCCUAAUACUCUCCCGCCGUCCUGUACUUCUACAACUGCACCGUAGCCUUAAACAUUCUUGUAUAUAGUUUAAAAAUAGAUUUUAUUGUUUUUUUUGGAAAGAGUUUAUUGUCUGUGUAUAAUAAUAAAGAAAAAAAAAUGUUUAUCUUUUGAAUGUAGCCUCACAGAUAGCACGGAAAACUCUUCUAGGAGUGGAGCUGUCUGCCUUUUAUAUUGUGUUUUCUGUUUAUCAGGGUAAAAGGUUCGAAGUGUGCAAUUAGGUCUGAACAGCCAAAACCUGUUGAACAAAAGAGAGACGGGUCUGAAUCGCCAUCCUGGGGGCCAGUUGUAGGAACGUUGAGAUGAAACCGCACCUCUGUCCACGUGUGACUGCCAACCCCGAGGUGUUAUUUUUAAACCGCUGUGAGAUGCACACAGCUGGUGCCAAACGGAAAUCAUCUGCAGAAACAAAUUCAGCAGGUUGGCUGCUGAGUUUAGGGGCGUCUUUGUGUGCAAAGGAGGGACGAAAUUUAUAAGAAUUGAUAUGUGUCUGCCCUCAAAAGUCACUUUCAUGUUGUAUCUGUGUGUUUUUUAUGCUGUAAAAAGCUUGCAUGAGAGGACUUUUCUGGCUUUUAGUAGCCUGUAAAAAUAAAAGUGGAACCCUGAAAGCCUUGUAAA